AGUCAUUUAGAUAGAAAGCUAGUUAGUUAGGUUGAUUUCUGAGGGUGUUCAGAAUCAGUCGUCUGUCAUGUUCUCAGCUGUCAGAUACAAAGCAAUUGAUUACAUUUAUGAGGCUUCAGCUAAACACAGGCUCAUGAUGAACCUUCUCAUGCUGCCAGUUCCUGUCCAGUUGGACAUCAGCACUUAUCCACACUCUGGGAAGCUGCAGGAGGAGGCCUACAGGACUCCAUGGGCUCGUGGAAGUUUACACUCCACAUGUGAACUGGAACUGACCGGUCCUUUGUUGGAUGACCUGAAGGCUGAUUUGCAUUCAGCACAUUAUUUAGAAAGGUUUGAAGUCUGUGUGAAUGAGCUGGGAGGUGAUGUGGUUCCGAGCUCUAACCCUGAAUCUCAGAGGUGUGUCGAGUCUCAGGAAGCGCUCUGGCUGCUGGAGAGAGGAGGACGAACGGCUGAGCAGAACGGCUGGAUGGAGAAGUUCAGUAUGGCUGAGACACACUCGGCACGGUUCAGCUACCAAGAUCUCUACCGUGCAGAAGAGGUGAUAGUCAAUGAUAAUCAGCUAAAGAGUUGUCUGCCUUUGCUCCUGACUCUAGUUAAGAGGUUAAAAACUCUGCCUGUAUCAGAUCCACUGGAUGUCGGGGAGUCUGGGUCACUUUUCUCUGAGCAGAUCACCUUCAGACGGUGUGCUCCAUAUGAGGUGUCUUCUGAAGAACCCACCCAUCUGUCAGUGAUUGAAGAGUUCAGAAAAGAGCGACUUUCAGAUACAGAGAGUCUAAUGCUGCCUACUGUCAUUGAGCCGGAUUUAAUGCAGAGGAGUGAUCGCAUCACAUCCAUGACUGAAAUGCAAGAAGCUUUAAGUGUAAAUCCUGAACCAGCAGAAGAAGAAAUUACUGUUCUAGAGAUUGCUACCACUUUUUUAGACUGUUCGGGUGUACUGAAUGUACCUGGGUGUGAAAACUUCAGUGGUCCCGAUCUGAGUUCUGUCAUCACCAACACUCCAAGCUCGCCAGUUCCUUUCAGGUCUCAUGUUGAAUUUGAGACGGAUCUGCCUCUGUCGCUUCCUUCUCAGCCGGUCCAGCCUGAACGGUCGCUGCCAACCACCGAUCGGCUUUCAGCAGAGCCGCUAUCACCAGUCGCUAUCACACGGCGUCUGCUGUCGGAUAGGGAGCGAGAGGGUAUGGAGAGAGCUGUAUGGAUGGCAGAGAAACAUCAUCCGUGUGUAGCUGGUUGGCUACUAGCAGAGCCGUGGAUAUCCGAACCGCCAGUGAGACGACGUUCCAUGCCAGAGCUGCUCUCCAUCCUGAGGGCUGAGCGAGCCAGUGAUGACACACAGAACACCUACCCCCUUACACUGGUCACAACGAUGCCCUCUGACCCUGCCUUCACACUCACAGAAGCACUGACGGUGGAGAGACGCGCUGCUCUGAACACACCGGAACCCACAGAGGUGGACACCACAGAGAAGUACACACGGAUCUCCAGCGCUCAGAUAGACGCCUGGUCAGUGGAGCCCUCUGUGAGUGAGGAAUCUAUGCAGAGCAGAGCUGCCCUGUCGCCUCUUCCCAGUCUGGUACGCCAGGGCAAAACUGUAAAGUUUAUCCUGCUGGAGGACGAUUCCCUGAAACAAAGCACACCCUGUAGGAACAGCUCUAAGCACGGGUUGGGUCUGUCGAAAUCGAACCCAGCAACUGGCACUCAAUCAGCCGUGAGGUCUAGCAUUAAUACAGAUCAUUCAAAGCACCUAUACGGUUUAUAUGAGAGCAUGGCCAAAAACCUGGAGCUGCUCAAGUCUGCUGCUGGUAAUCAUUUUGCAAAUGAGAGUGAUAGAGAGUCUGUUUUAAAUCAUCUGUCUGAAGACACACAGUAUGAAAACCCAGCUAAAUAUAAUCAUUCAACAGGGGGCGCUCAUUCAAAUGGACUGAUUUCUGAGAAGUCUGUACCAAACCCAGCAACUCCUUCUCAUUCCACAGACGCUCAGACCACUGCAUGUACUGAGAACUUCCUCAACACUCCUGCUCCAUGUACUCCGCAUAGUACAAACAGUUCCCAUCACAAAACCAAAAACACAAGACUGCAGAACCAUUCAGCAAAACACACCUACAGAACCAAUCUCUCUCAGAACACGGCCAUAAAGGGAGACCACGGUCUGCCAUACGCAAGCCCAGGUGUGAUUAGUCAUUCAGCUCAAGAUACUCCUUCAAAAGAAGCGUUUUUAAACAAUGCACAACCUGUGAGCCACCCCAACACUCACUCUGUACCAAACAGUACCAAACCAGCCAGAAACAAAGGCUUUCAUAUGGAGGAUACAUGUCCAGUACACCAGACAUCAAAUAAUCCAAGUAAUGUAAAUAGACUGCUUCCUGAGAACACCAAAAACACUUUUUCAAAACAAUUCUCGUCAAAUAAUCCAGGUAAUCUAUAUCAGAUAAAUAAUCCAGCCACUCCAGCAACCCAUGCACAAGCAAAUCUGAGCAACCCAAAGGAUACCUCCCAUUAUAACCCUGCCCAUACAGUUCAGGAACUAGACAUGACACCUACAGAACCCAUACCCACUGAUGAUGCAGAAACUGGAGGAACAGAAUCUGUAGUGGGGAACAGCACUGACACUCGGGAGCACAUGGACCCCCUGUCCUCCUUCAUGAUGUUGAGAAGUUUCCUGAAGAGUACAGUGGAGCAGAAAUCUGAGCAGACUCCGCACCGAACGACAGUUUCAGUGAUUGAACCUACUCCAAAGUCUAAGGAAAAAAAGACGGUGGAUUUGGGUAUGACCGUGCCUCAUAGUACCUCAAAAGUGGAUAAGGUAGCUCAGACUCAGGCCAGUGUUCCUGCCCAAGGAAAAGCUGUCUCCAAGACCAUACAGGUUCCGGCUACAGAUACUGAAAGGGCUGCGUAUCAGGAGCUCCAUGUUCUGGCCAUUUCCACCCUUGGUAGGGUCCGGGAGUCCGGCUCGAACGCUCUGAGAAUCACAGACUUCAGCAGCCUGACCCCCGAGCACACACGAUUCUCCCUCAAGCAACAAGAGAAGCUCAUCAGCAGCGGCCACGGCAGGGAGAGUGUGUAUAACCAUGUGGCCCUGCUUCAUAUUCUGGUCGCAGUGAAGGAACUGCUGCUCAGGUGUGACCUCAGCACUGCGACAGAUUACCUGGCCAAGGUGUGUUCCACCAGUACCAUGAGCAGUCUGUGGGAGCUUUUGAGGAAGUUCCAGGUGCUGCAGUACAUGAGCAGGAGGUGUCCAGAACCUCAGGCCAGAGUGCAGCACCUGCAGCAGCAGAUCAGCGCCUGGCUGCAGAGAAACAUCUCCAACAAGGUUCUGGUAGUAACAGCACAGGAGAGUGUAAGGACGAAGUUAGUGACUGCUCUCAGUCAGAUACCAGGAAACUCUGUAACAGCACUACUAACAGAGCAGGGCAUCAAACUGGAAAGUCAACAACUUGCAAAUAGUCGUUGUGCAGUAGUGUGUGUGCAGCAGGUCCAGUCCGGGUUUCCCUGGUGCUGCUUCAGUGCAGUGUUUGAGUUUGAGUGUUUGGGUCAGUCAGCUGUUAGGAACAUCUGCACAGAGAACAACAUCAGCUACACCUGCUUUAUUACUGCAGUACCGUGUACAGACUCAUCGAUGGUGUUCUCCUCUCCUCUGGACCGCGUUCCCUUCCUGCUCUUCAUCACGGAGGGUUUACUGAAGCGCUCAGACCUGCUGCAGCUCCUGGAGUCCACGUAUAACAUGACUCUGCUGGAGAGGAGCCACCCUCCGUCUGUGCGGUGGCUGGGAUCCACUGAGCUGUACGACAUCAUCGCUGUUGAUGAGAACACGGCCGUUCUGCUGCAGGAGCUCGGAGAGCUGGGGCAGGAGCGAGCGUCCGAGCGGGUGGUUAUUAGAAUCUCGGCUCUCUCGCUGCAGUUCAGUCGCUGCUGGCUUUUACUGCACUGCACCGAGCAGUACAGAGCACUUGUGUGUGGCAGUGUGCUCACCAAUCUGGUGCUGAUUUACUCAGCCUUGGUGCUCCUUGGACACAAGUCCGGUGGUCUGGACGUGAAGGUGUUGCUGGUGUGUGAUGUAGCAGACAUUGCUCAGUGUGUGUAUCAGAUCUGCCUUCACACUCUCCUCACUGCAGACAGAGACGUGUGUGGCUGGCUCGACCGGGACUGGUUCAGUGUGCUCCCCACCCAGGAAGAGCAGUUGCUGCUGUAUUUUCCGUGUAUUAACUGUGUUGUAGCUCAGCUGAUGUUGAGUCGAGCUCCGUCUCUGCAGUGGCUUCUUGAAGCUUCACACACUCGGCUGGAGGAAAUGUUUCCUGAGAUCACACCUUCUGUGUGUAAGCUCUUCAGUGACAUUACAGCUCAACACAGACUUGCAGCCUCAGCGAUCGAGACUACAGUCACACGUGCUCAGUCUGGACUCCCCUCCUGGACUCUGAACACAGACUCUGCACCGUUCCUCGUACCCUCUCCUACCCCAUUCACCCCGCGGACAGGAAGUGUAGCUAGCUGGUGUGGGUCUGAUGCGCAGUCUCGGUGUUGGGAAGAGGGCGACACACAGGACGGGAGUUACCCAGGUUGUUUUACUGGAGGAGCAGAUGAACACUGGACACUAAUGAACCCAGAACCCUCUUUCACACCCCCACACACUCCCUGCACACUGUUCACCCAGAACCCAUGUGUGACAGAAAGGACCCCUACUUAUGGAGGAGUAUAUUUUCAGCCCUCACCUUAUUUCCUGCAACAAUCAGCUGGACUGGAGUGGGGAGGAAACAGCAGAGUGCACCAGACUGAGAGCUACAGAGACUUAGAGAGGAAGAGACCAGCAGAGGGCGCCAUACAGACAGUGUUUCCUCAGUGUAAGAGAGGGAGGCUUCAGUGUGAGAGAAUCCCUGGACGCUCUGAUGGACAAACACGACUCAGCUUUAUCUGAACACAUCACAUCCACACACACACCACAGUAAUUCACCUGAGUUUUAUUACUCAUCACACCAAAUGUUCUAAUGAUUUUCCUUUGAUGCAUCUGUAACAUAUAUAGACCUACAGAAAUGGACUUUAUGGACAAAAGUAUUGGGACACAUCGUAAGUUUAGGGAAGGCCCUGUCCUGUUCCAGCAUGACUGCACCCCCUGUGCACAAAGCAAGCUGACCCAGCUUGCUUCAGCCCCACUCCAAACAGCUCUGAAAUGAACUAGAACAUCGAUAUCGGUGCCUAGCCAAAGUCUUGUGUAGAAGCUUCUCAGAGGAGCAGUUUUAGCUACAGAGUGUUUCUGUCUUUUUAUGAGAUUCUUUUAUCUUCAUAAUGACUAGGCUGUGCUCUAUCUGUAUAUUGUUGAUCCUUAUGUAUAAGGUUAAAAGUAUUAAAGCCUCAGAGAUGAGA